AUGCAGCUUUCAUCGAAUCUGCCGAACAUCGGUACCACCACGCUAUCGAGCACCAUUAAAUCCAACAGACCCCUCGCCUCCUGCCCCGUACCCACCCCUACCCUUGCAUACGAACCGGUGACACCGGUUACUGAAGAAGAGGUAUCACCGAUUCACGGGAAAAGCGCAAUCCUCGCAACAACCGAAAUGAUGAGGAAAGGUCUCGACACGAUAAUAUCACUGGUGAACAAGGGGAGCUGCUCUUCCAGUUGUAGAUCGCCCACCAAUCCCAGCUCAUCCACGAGUCCCAGCUCACAUGUUAGCGCUGAAUCAACUGGAAAUUCGAUCAAGUCCGAAUCUCAAAGUAGCAAAUACGAACCGAGCGAUGACGGGGGCAGCGAGAUCUCCGGUCCCAGCCACUUCAUAUGCAUGCAUUGCAUGAAGCCGCGUAGUAUCGGACUGCGGUAUGAUGACAUCUGCGUGUACUGCUUCGAGAAAAAACAACAGUUCUGCGUGGACGGCGAUCACGAGAUGGAUCAGAAUGAGUUUUUCGAUGAGGACGGCAAUGAGUAUGAUGUUUGCAAUGAUUGCCGAGUUGAGAUGGUGAAGAUGGAGGAUGAGAUUGAAUGA